AUUAAUAUAUUAAAAUGGCAAUAAGUAAUGGUUCGUCAAUAUUGGUUGGAUCUAUAAUCUACAUAGUUUUAGGAAUAGCAGCCUGUUUUGGAUGCAAUUUUUAUGUUACUAAAAAAACCAAGAGUCCUCAUGAAAUUUCUGAAAAUAGAACGUAAUAAUCAAUCUCAAUAUAGAAUAACCCUUGUAAGUGUGACAAUUGCUACAUUUUGUGCCUGGUUAAUGUGGGUUAUUGCAUAUAUGGCAUAAAUGAACCCAUUAAUUGUUCCAGAAUGGGAAAGUCAUUAACCAAAAGAAGAAAGCUGAGUAUUGUAUUCAUAUUUCAUUUAAAAAAUAAAU